AAAUUGUUUAAAUUUAACGUUUUAACAAGUUUUUCAUGUAAGACAGUAUGUAUUUGGGAAAACGUUAUCUCAAAAUGAGUUCCUUAUCGCAAUUUUAUGAAAGGUAAUUGAUUUAUAGCGAUUUUUAUUAGCCAUACGGUGUUUGAAGUAUUUAAUAAUCUUUUAGAAAGUGACGAAUCUUAUACGAACCUCGCAGACUAGCCAUAUAAGUAAGAUAUUUACAACAAACGUGGGAGCAACAAUGACGUAGCGGUCACCAGUGUAACUUGCUGUUAUUUGCUGCCUUACCUCUUCACUUUCAAAAAUAUCGUGAGCGCGCUAACACGUAUUAUUCGAAUUUAUUUUUUAAAUAAUCGCGGUAUUUUUGUUUUUGCUUCACAUUACGUUAACUACGUUAGCUUUUUAUUUAGAUUUAGUGUUUUAACGAAUAGUGUUCCAAGAUGACAGUGAAUAAAAGUGGUGCUACUUCUACAAAUAAAUCGAAAAAGAAAACUUUUACAACUACUGCCGCAAGUUCAUCAAGUACAAGUGCCACAAAAUCAUCAAAAAUAGUAUCUAAGAAAAGCGAGACUGCUCAAUCUGGUAAUGUAUCAAAAUCAUCUUCGUCUUCCAGUUUACAAAUUUCCGAUGUGUCUCAUUUACCGGUAAAUGCCAAAGUAGUUACUUAUAAAGUAACAGAACAGUUACCAACAGGUAGCGGAGAAAAAAUUACAACUUACGAAGACUCAGGUGCUAUUUCUACUGAAUACCGACAUUUUAUUUCAGAAGAUUCUUCUCAUUCUGCACAAAUAGAACAAAUUAGUUCUACCUUAAAUCAAUCUACAGUAAAUCUAAACGAAUCAAUGUCAAAUUUAUCUCAAAUUUCCAAUUCUACAUAUACUGUAACUGAACCUAUGGAAGAAUUAAAAUUAACAUACAACAAAAACGAUUCCGGUUGGAAUGGUAAGUUCAUUGUUGAACAACCUUUACACAAAGAUAAAAAAACUAGAAAUCAAGUAACAAAAGGUACUGGAAAAACUAUAGUGGAACAAACUUCGUCUUCAACUUCUCACCAAGAAAGUUCUUCCAUUGCAAAAAGUUCUUCCAGUAGCUAUGUAGUUGAAAUUGUUAACGGAAAGGAGAGAAUUAUAGAUCAGAAACACCACGAAUCAGCUCAAGCUGCUCACUCUAGUAAUGACGAACAUUUUGACAUGAAAUCUGGAACUAAUAUUACUCCAGAAGUCCAUUACAAACAAGAAACUUCCGAAAGUUCUACAAAAUAUGAUUCAGAUAUUCCAGAAUUAAAACAACCCCGGACAAAAUCUAGUAAGGCUGUGAAAGAAAUACAUCAAAUAGGAGAUCAAACAUCAUCGUCUUCAAAUAUUAUCCAUGAAAAUAUUACAAACAAAAAUAUUUUAAAAGAUCAGAAUAAUCAAACCGAUUUAUUGUCACAUAAUACGACGUAUACGAUAACAGAUAAAAAUAUUUUGAGAGAUACUACAAUUGAUCAAACUGAUACGAUUUCUCAGAAUUCAGGAUCAACAUAUACUGUGAACGUACCGAAUGAAGAAUUGAGACUAACUUAUAAUAAAAAUGACUCUGGUUGGAAUGGAAAAUUUAUCUAUGAAGAUACCAAAAUUGAAGACAAGAAAAAUGCUGUGACUAAAAAUAAAAAUACUGUGAUAGAACAAACUUCAUCUUCAACAUCUCAUCAAGAAAGUUCGGCUACGGAAAAAAGUUCCUCCAGUAGUUACAUCAUAGAAAUUGUUGACGGUAAGGAAAGAAUUAUUGAUAGAAAACAUCAUGAAGCUGAAAAUACUUCUCGUUUGAAUAAAGAUGAAAAUUUUUCAACAAAAUCAGGUACAAACAUUGUUCCUGAAACUCAUUAUCAAGAAAAAUCAUCAAAAACCUCAAUCAAAUACGACAGUAACAUUCCAGAUUUGCAAAAGCCGAAAACAAAAUCAUCCGAAAUUACUAAAGAUUUUCAUCAAGUAGGUAAUCAAACUUCUUCAAACAUAAGUGCUACACAAAAUAAAUCUACAACGGAUAAGCAUUCUUUGAAAUCUUCUUCAAAAAAUUUCAUCGAAAUGGAAAAAACAGAUGCAAUGAAUAAACAAAUGGAUUCUAGUCAAUAUCAAAAAACUAGCGUUACUGAAACAAUCCAAAACAUAACUGCUAAAGAUACGGGCAAAAAUGCAACUACGACAACUACAACCACAUAUUACGACUCGAAAGGAAAUAUCAUUAAAACUGUAACUAAUGUUGAUGAUGAAGUUAUUCCAGGCUCUACUUUGACUGGAAGAGAUAAUUCAAAUACAUUGAACCUCAACGAAACUUACGUGAAAACUGAUCAUGAAUUAACUUCUUCUACUCCCAGAAAAUUAGCACCAACUGAUAGUUAUUCUAGUACAACAAUAACGAGUAAGGAUAAUGCGAAUGAUACCACCGUAAAAUAUGUAGAUGAAAAUUAUAUUGACUUGCACAAAGUUAGAAAUACGAAUCUAGAAACUGAUUCUAAAGAUUUUUAUGGUCAUAGAGUAGAUUCGAAAAAUACUAUGGUAACUAAUGUGUAUGAUACAACAGCUAUCCAAAACACUAUUGGUACUAGAGGUCACAUUAUGAUGGAUGAAAAUAUUGAUACCACUGAUAUGGUUUAUUCAAAUGAUAGAAAUUAUGGAAAAACUGGAUGGAAUGGUCAAUUUACUUAUGAAACGCAAACAUCUUCGAGAAAAUCUGCUUCACCUGAAAGAAGGUCGAAAGGAGAAAAAGUAUCACAUUCUCCUUCUCGUCUCCAUCUAGAAGAUUUUCCUGCAGCAGGUGUUGCUUCAACAAAAAGGUAUCCAGAAGAACAACGAUCCAAACCAGAAGAUAAGCACCUAAAAUCACACUCCCCAACUCGUUUACAUCCAGAAGAUUUACCUCCCGCUGGUGCUCCUUCAAGAAAAAGUCGUCCAGAUGAUAAAAGAUCUAAACCAGAGGACAAACAUCCAAAAUCUCACUCGCCUACUCGUCUUCAUCCAGAAGAUUUACCUCCAGCUGGUGCUCCCUCAACAAGAACUCGACCAGAUGAUCAUCGACCUAAACCAGAAGACAAGCAUCCAAGAUCGCAUUCACCUACUCGUCUUCAUCCAGAAGAUUUUCCUGCAGCAGGUGCUUCGUCAAAAAAAAGCCGUCCGGAUGAUCAUCGUGGGAAUACUGACGAUACUACUGUCAGAUAUGUGGAUGAGAAUUAUGUUGACUUGCACCAAAUUAAAAAUUCGAAUCUAGAAACCGAUUCUAAAGAUUUUUAUGGUCAUAGAGUAGAUUCAAAAAACACUAUGGUAACUAAUGUGUAUGAUUCAACAGCUAUUCAAAACACUAUUGGUACUAGAGGUCAUAUUAUAAUGGAUGAAAAUAUUGACACUACUGAUCUUGUUUAUUCAAAUGAUAGAAAUUAUGGAAAAACUGGAUGGAAUGGUCAAUUCACUUAUGAAACGCAAAAAUCUACAAGAAAAACUUCAUCACCUGAAAGAAAACCAAAAGGUGAAAAAGUACCGCACUCUUCUACUCGUCUUCAUCCAGAAGAUUUACCUCCAGCUGGCGCGCCUUCAACAAAAAGUCGUCCUGAAGAUCAUCGACCUAAACCAGAAGACAAACAUCCAAAAUCGCAUUCACCUACUCGUCUUCAUCCAGAAGACUUACCUCCAGCUGGUGCUCCUUCAACAAAAAGGCGUCCAGAAGAUCAUAGAACUAAACCAGAAGACAAACAUCCAAAAUCGCAUUCACCUACUCGUCUUCAUCCAGAAGAUUUACCUCCAGCAGGUGCUCCUUCAACAAAAAGGCGUCCAGAAGAUCAUCGACCUAAACCAGAAGACAAACAUCCAAAAUCGCAUUCACCUACUCGUCUUCAUCCAGAAGACUUACCUCCAGCUGGUGCUCCUUCGAAAAGAAUCCAUCCCAAAGAAUUAGGAGAUAAAAAGACUAUAGUUCAAACGGAUACAUUUUUAAAUAUGGAAACACAAGAAAAUUUAAAACAAAUGAUAGAUAUCUCCACAACUGAAUAUGACACUAUAGAUUCCCAUGUUACUAAAAAAGAUUUAUCAGUAGUUUAUCCGAAGGGAUAUCCUACGACAGAUAUUCAACGAACCACAGAAAAAUAUGAAACAACUGAUAUCAGUGACAAAACAACUAAUAGCUUUUCCAAAAAUACUGAAUCUGAAACAAUAGUUAGUCAAGUCAGCUCUACAGAACAUUACACGAUUGUAGAUGGUAGAAGAAUACCAGUUGGUCCUAAAAUACCAGACGGGGAACAGCCAAAACAAUUGAAAAUACAUCCAGAAGAGUUACCAGCUGCUGGUAAACCAUCUAGAAGAAGUGAUUCACCAACUAAAAUGAGAAAUACUCAUAGAGACGAAUUUACAGAGCUCUCAACUAGUGUGAAAGAUUCAAAAACUUCUGAGACCGUAGUAAACCAAUCAACUUUGGUUGAACAUUAUGUCGUUGUUGAUGGAAAAAUUAUUUCUGAUAUUCCAACAUCUAUGGAUAGAACAUAUAUAAUCGAAUCCAACGAUAGGACUUUAAGAGAUAGGGCAUCAGAAGAAAAAUAUCCCAAAGAGCUACCGGCUGCUGGAAAACCUUCAGUAGUUCCAAGACGGGAUACUUCACCUGAAAAGAUUACAAAAGAAAAAAUUCCUAAAGACAAGAAACCUGAUCGUAAGCAUCCCGAAGAUCUACCAGUUGCAGGAAAACCUUCAGUAUCUCCACGACGUGAUACUUCACCAGAAAAAAGUACGAAAGAAAAAAGUCCUAAGGAUAAGAAACCAGAUCGUAAGCAUCCCGAAGAUCUACCAGUUGCAGGAAAACCUUCAGUAUCUCCACGACGUGAUACUUCACCAGAAAAAAUUACGAAAGAAAAAAGUCCUAAGGAUAAGAAACCAGAUCGUAAGCAUCCCGAAGAUCUACCUGUUGCAGGAAAGCCUUCAGUAUCUCCAAGAAAAGAUACGUCACCAGAGAAAAUAGUGCAAGAAAAAUCUCCAAAAGACAGAGAACCGAUGGACAAACACCCUGAAGACUUGCCAGCUGCCGGCAAACCUUCAGUCUCACCUAAAAGAGACAAAGUGCCUGAAAAACCAAUAAAAGAAAAGAGUUCAAAAGAAAAGUUACCAGAACAAAAGCACCCCGAAGAUUUGCCAGCUGCUGGAAAACCCUCAGUUUCACCAAAAAAAGAUGUAUCACCAGAUAAAUCAGUGAAAGAAAAAAGUCCAAAAGAAAAAAUGCCAGUAGAAAAACGCCCUGAAAAAUUACCAGCGGCAGGUAAACCGUCCAGAAGUGAUACAUUACCAGAAAAACCAGGAGAUAGAGGUCCGAAAGGAAAAACACCCAAAUACCCCGAAGAAGAUUCUCCUGAUAAAAUAAUAAGUACUACAUUGACGGAAAUCGUAACCUCGGAAUACCCAACAACAAUUUCAAAAGAUUUUAGUGAAAACGUAGAAGUAAUACGAAAUGUGCAAGACGAAACUUUUACUGUAAACGAAUCUCGUACUUUCGUUGAUAAUAAAAUUGUUAAGGAAUACUAUACUACAGUCGAAAACGAUACGAAAUUUAUCGAAAAUGUCGAUAUUGUUGAUGAAAAAUCGAACAUAGUGAACGUUAAAAAUUUUACUGAAAACGUAGAUAUCAUAGAUACAGUGGUGAUCGAUGAAAGUAAAACAGAUGUUAACAAAACGUUCAUCAAGGAGGAUAUAGUCGAUAUAAAAACAAUUGAUGAAGUCGAAAAUAUAACUAAUAUCAAACGAGUAUCUGAUAACAAAGUCGUCUUAAUCGAAAAAGUUAUUAAAGAACCUUCUAAACCUGUGGUACUUAAAGUACCGUUGAAGGAGCAAUGUAUCUGUGAACUCUGCACAUGUGGACGACAUACAUGCCCUCACAAUCCGGACAAUUAUAAUGAUCACCUUCAUCCUGAAGGACCUUUCCUCGGCCAACCUAAAGAUGAUUACAACGCUGUAAAAGGAGAACGUUACCCCACUGUUAAGCCUCAAGAUCAUUUGAAACCCGAAGGCGAUUUUGUUAAACGUCAGCCAGAAGAAUGGAAGCCAGCUGAAAGGCCUAAACAGAAAAAACCAGAAGACAAUUUAAAACCGGAAGGUGAAUUUGAAAGAUACAAGCCUGAAGAGUGGAAACCGGGAGAUCGAGCUCCUGUGAGAAAACCAGAGGAUAAUUUGAAACCAGAAGGCGAUUUCGAGAAACGUAAACCUGAAAAAUGGCAGCCCGGAGAUAGACCAGCACCUAAAAAACCAGAAGAUAAUUUGAGACCAGAAGGAGAAUUUGAGAGGCCCGAUAAACCUGGAUGGCAACCUGCUGAACGACCACAGCAAAAAAGGCCCGAAGAUAAUUUACGUCCUGAAGGAGAUUUCGAAAAACGAACACCAGAAAAAUGGAGACCAGGAGAUAGAUCAGAAAUUCGAAAACCCGAUGAUAAUUUAAAACCCGAAGGAGACUUUGAAAGACCUGAACGACCAGAAUGGAAACCUGCAGAGCGUCCACAACAAAAAAAACCAGAGGAUAACUUGAAACCCGAAGGAGAUUUUGAAAAACGUACACCGGAAAAAUGGCGUCCAGGUGACAGACCUGAAAUUAGAAAACCACAUGAUAACCUGCGGCCAGAAGGAGACUUCGAGAGACCAGAAAAACCUGAAUGGAGUCCAGCCGAACGACCAAAGCAAAGAAGACCUGAAGAUAAUUUGAAACCGGAAGGAGACUUUGAAAAACGAACGCCAGAAAAAUGGCGUCCUGGUGACAGACCUGAAGUUAGAAAACCUCAAGAUAAUUUGAAACCUGAAGGAGACUUUGAAAGGCCUGACAAACCAAGCUGGAGCCCAGCAGAAAGACCACAACAAAAGAGACCUGAAGAUAAUUUGAGACCAGAAGGCGAUUUUGAACGUCCAGAAAAACCUACUUGGUCGCCCACUGAAAGACCUAAACCAAAACGUCCAGAAGAUAAUCUUAAACCUGAAGGAGAGUUCGAAAAACGCAAACCAGAAGAUUGGAAGCCUGCAGAGAAGCCCGUUGUGAAGAAACCGCAAGAUAAUUUGAGACCAGAGGGAGACUUUACUAGUACCACAACUAUCACUGAAGAUUAUAAGGUAUUUACUGCGGACAGAGCCGAUAUUGUUCGCCGUGAAGAUAAUCUCAUAAUUGAAGGAAAGUUCACUGAUAUUACUACAAACAAGACUGACUUCACUGGUGAACUUGUUGUUGUAGAACGCCCGGUAAGAAGAAGAACAUGGACAAAAGACGACGUAGAUAAAUUUUAUUCGACUGAAACCCUUGAAACUACUACUACCAGUCAAAAUGUUUACAAAAAUUAUGAUGUUACUGAUUUUAGUCAAACAAUUGUAAUUCAUCGUGACAAUUUAAAACCAGAAGGUCCUUUCUAUGGAACUCCAAAAUCUAAAGAAGAUUACCUUCCCAAAAAUGUUGAACGCCCUAAACCAACUAAACCAAAAGAUAAUCUUAAACCAGAGGGAGAGUUUGAGAAGAGAACACCCGAGAAAUUUAUUCCUGCUGAAAGACCUAAACAAAGGAAACCUGAUGAUAAUUUAAGACCUGAAGGUGAUUUUGAGCGACCAGAGAAAACAGAAUGGUCUCCUGCAGAAAGACCGAAACAGAAAAGACCUGAAGAUAACCUUAGACCAGAAGGUGAUUUCGAGAGACCAGAGAAACCAAAAUAUAGACCUUCUGAACGUCCAACACCCAAAAAACCUGAAGAUAACUUAAGACCAGAGGGAGAUUUCGAACGACCAGAAAAACCAGAAUGGUCUCCCGUUGAAAGACCGAAACAAAAAAGACCUGAGGAUAACCUUAGACCAGAAGGCGACUUCGAGAGACCUGAAAAACCAAAAUAUAGACCUUCUGAACGUCCAACACCCAAAAAACCUGAGGAUAACUUAAGACCAGAGGGAGAUUUCGAACGACCAGAAAAACCAGAAUGGUCUCCCGUUGAAAGACCGAAACAAAAAAGACCUGAGGAUAACCUUAGACCAGAAGGCGAUUUCGAGAGACCUGAAAAACCAAAAUAUAGACCUUCUGAACGUCCAACACCCAAAAAACCUGAAGAUAACUUAAGACCAGAGGGAGAUUUCGAACGACCAGAAAAACCAGAAUGGUCUCCCGUUGAAAGACCGAAACAAAAAAGACCUGAGGAUAACCUUAGACCAGAAGGCGAUUUCGAGAGACCUGAGAAACCAAAAUAUAGACCUUCUGAACGUCCAACACCCAAAAAACCUGAGGAUAACUUAAGACCAGAGGGAGAUUUCGAACGACCAGAAAAACCAGAAUGGUCUCCCGUUGAAAGACCGAAACAAAAAAGACCUGAAGAUAACCUUAGACCAGAAGGUGAUUUCGAGAGGCCCGAGAAACCAAAAUAUAGACCUUCUGAACGUCCAACACCCAAAAAGCCUGAAGAUAACUUAAGACCAGAGGGAGAUUUCGAACGACCAGAAAAACCAGAAUGGUCUCCCGUUGAAAGACCGAAACAGAAGAGACCUGAGGAUAACCUUAGACCAGAAGGCGAUUUCGAGAGACCUGAGAAACCAAAAUAUAGACCUUCUGAACGUCCAACACCCAAAAAACCUGAGGAUAACUUAAGGCCAGAAGGAGAUUUCGAACGCCCAGAAAAACCAGAAUGGUCUCCCGUUGAAAGACCGAAACAGAAAAGACCUGAAGAUAACCUUAGACCAGAAGGUGAUUUCGAGAGACCCGAGAAACCAAAAUAUAGACCUUCUGAACGUCCAACACCCAAAAAGCCUGAAGAUAACUUAAGACCAGAGGGAGAUUUCGAACGACCAGAAAAACCAGAAUGGUCUCCCGUUGAAAGACCGAAACAGAAAAGACCUGAAGAUAACCUUAGACCAGAAGGCGAUUUCGAGAGACCUGAGAAACCAAAAUAUAGACCUUCUGAACGUCCAACACCCAAAAAACCUGAGGAUAACUUAAGACCAGAGGGAGAUUUCGAACGACCAGAAAAACCAGAAUGGUCUCCCGUUGAAAGACCGAAACAGAAGAGACCUGAAGAUAACCUUAGACCAGAAGGCGAUUUCGAGAGACCUGAGAAACCAAAAUAUAGACCUUCUGAACGUACAACACCCAAAAAACCCGAGGAUAACUUAAGACCAGAGGGAGAUUUCGAACGACCAGAAAAACCAGAAUAUAAAUCAGUUGAAAGACCCAAACAAAAACGACCACAAGAUAAUCUCCGACCAGAAGGUGACUUUGAAAGACCUUCUCCAACCAAAGUUGGCCCAGCUGAAAGAAGAACUCCCAUAAAACAUGACGAUAACUUAAGACCAGAAGGAGAUUUCGAACGACCCGAAAAACCAAAAUACAGGCCCACAGAAAGACCUACUGCCAAACGUCCAGAAGAUAACUUGCAUCCAGAAGGUGACUUUGAACGCCCUGAGAAACCUGGUUAUGUUCCAGCAGAAAGACCCAAACAAAAACGACCAGAGGAUAAUCUCCGUCCUGAAGGCGAUUUUGAAAGACCUACGCCUCACAAAGUGGGUCCAGCUGAACGUAGAACUCCCAUAAAACAUGACGAUAACUUAAGACCAGAAGGAGAUUUUGAACGGCCUGAAAAACCAAAAUACAGGCCCACAGAAAGACCUACUGCCAAACGUCCAGAAGAUAACUUGCAUCCAGAAGGUGACUUUGAACGCCCUGAGAAACCUGGUUAUGUUCCAGCAGAAAGACCCAAACAAAAACGACCAGAGGAUAAUCUCCGUCCUGAAGGCGAUUUUGAAAGACCUACGCCUCACAAAGUGGGUCCAGCUGAACGUAGAACUCCCAUAAAACAUGACGAUAACUUAAGACCAGAAGGAGAUUUUGAACGGCCUGAAAAACCAAAAUACAGGUCCACAGAAAGACCUACUGCUAAACGUCCAGAAGAUAACUUGCAUCCAGAAGGUGACUUUGAACGCCCGGAGAAACCGAGUUAUGUUCCAGCAGAAAGACCCAAACAAAAACGACCAGAGGAUAAUCUCCGUCCUGAAGGCGAUUUUGAGAGACCUACGCCUCACAAAGUGGGUCCAGCUGAACGUAGAACUCCCAUAAAACAUGACGAUAACUUAAGACCAGAAGGAAAUUUUGAACGACCUGAAAAACCAAAAUACAGGCCCACAGAAAGACCUACUGCUAAACGUCCAGAAGAUAACUUGCAUCCAGAAGGUGACUUUGAACGCCCGGAGAAACCGGGUUAUGUUCCAGCAGAAAGACCCAAACAAAAACGACCAGAGGAUAAUCUCCGUCCUGAAGGUGAUUUUGAGAGACCUUCUCCAACCAAAGUUGGCCCAGCUGAAAGAAGAACUCCCAUAAAACAUGACGAUAACUUAAGACCAGAAGGAGAUUUCGAACGACCUGAAAAACCAAAAUACAGGCCUACAGAAAGACCUACUGCCAAACGUCCAGAAGAUAACUUGCAUCCAGAAGGUGACUUUGAACGCCCGGAGAAACCUGGUUAUGUUCCAGCAGAAAGACCCAAACAAAAACGACCAGAGGAUAAUCUCCGUCCUGAAGGCGAUUUUGAAAGACCUACACCCCACAAGGUGGGUCCAGCUGAACGUAGGACACCCAUAAAACACGACGACAAUUUAAGACCAGAAGGAGAUUUCGAACGACCCGAAAAACCAAAAUACAGGCCCACAGAAAGACCUACUGCUAAACGUCCAGAAGAUAACUUGCAUCCAGAAGGUGACUUUGAACGUCCUUCCAAACCAGGUUAUAUACCUACUGAAAGGCCUAAACAAAAACGACCAGAAGAUAAUCUUCGUCCAGAAGGAGAUUUCGAAAGACCAUCACCAACAAAAGUUGGACCUGCUGAGCGUAGAACUCCUAUUAAACACGAUGAUAACCUGCGCCCAGAAGGAGAUUUUGACCGUCCGGAAAAACCAAAAUAUAAACCAGCAGAAAGACCAAUAGCUAAAAAGCCUGAGGAUAAUUUGAAACCCGAAGGAGAAUUUGAACGUCCAGAUAUAAUAGAAGUGGGUCCUGCCGAAUUAAGAAAGCCGAUAAAGCAUCAUGACAACUUAAAACCUGAAGGUGACAUGACAAUUAGCAGAAAAGACGAUUACAAAAUUGUAAAAGGAGAAAGAGUUGAGAUUGUUAAGCACGAAGAUAAUCUGAAAAUGGAAGGCGAAUGGGAUAUCAGACGAAGAGACGAUUAUUCCAAAUUAGAAGUGAAUAAAAGAAACGAGAUAAUAAAACACGAGGAUAAUCUCAGAAUGGAAGGUGAAUGGGAUAUACGCAGAAGGGAUGAUUAUAGCAAAACGACUAUUACUGACCGUACGCAAGUUAUUAGACGUGAAGAUAAUUUAAGAGUUGAAGGCGAAUUCACAGAUUUACGUUCCAGAGAUGACUAUAAAGUAGUUAGAGGAGACAAAUGUGAAAUUAUAAGACACGAAGAUAACCUAAAAAUGGUUGGAGAGUUCAAUGAAUAUAGAAAACGCGAUGAAUACUCAACUGGCUUCCAAAAAACCGAAAUUAUACGUCAUGAAGAUAAUUUGCACCCAGAAGGCGAUUUUGAGCGUCCUGAUAAACCCAAAUAUCAACCGGCGGAAAGACCUACUCCUAAAAAGCCUCAAGAUAAUUUAAAACCAGAAGGUGAGUUUGAGCGUCCUACUCCAACUAAGGUUGGGCCAGGAGAAAGAAGAACUCCAAUUAGACACCAUGAUAACUUGCAUCCCGAAGGCGAUUUUGAAAGACCUCACAAGCCAGGUUGGAGUCCUUCAGAAAGACCUACUCCUAAGAAGCCUCAAGAUAAUUUAAAACCAGAAGGUGAGUUUGAGCGGCCUACACCAUCUAAGGUUGGACCGGGAGAAAGAAGAACUCCAAUUAGACACCAUGAUAACUUGCAUCCCGAAGGAGAUUUUGAAAGACCACAUAAGACAGAUUGGAGUCCCGCAGAAAGACCCACUCCUAAAAAGCCUCAAGACAAUCUCCGACCAGAAGGUGAUUUUGAUAGGAGAACUGUAUCAAAAGUAGGACCUGCAGAACGAAGAACUCCUAUUAAACAUCCAGAUAAUUUAAAACCUGAAGGAGAUUUCGACAGACCAGAUUCGGUUAAAUAUCAACCCGCCGAAAGACCCACACCUAAGAAGCCUCAAGAUAACUUACGCCCAGAAGGAGACUUUGAAAAACCAGUUACACCAAAAUAUGGCCCGGGUGAUCGAGCAGAUAUUGUAAAACAUCCUGAUAAUCUUAAGCCAGAAGGUGAGUUCUUUGGAUCCCCCAAAAAUAAAGAAGAAUUCAAACCAACAAGAGGAGAUAGAGCUCCUGUUAAGAAACCUCAAGAUAAUUUGAAGAUUACUGGCGAAUUCCAAGAUACCACUGUCGCCAAAUCACAAUAUACAGUAGUAAGAGGAGAGAGGGCAGAAAUAAAGAAACACGAGGAUCAUCUUAGAGUUGGAAGUGGCAAAAUGGAAACACACACCACAACACACGACAGUUUUGAUAAGACUGUAAAAGUUUCCCCUAGUCGUCAAAUAAUAAAUAAAAAUAAAUAUAUGGAAUCUCACAUUACGCUUGGUAACGAUGUUACGAAUAUGCAAACAACCAAUCAAAGCAAUUAUAAAACUUACACGAGAAAAGUAGAUCGAAAGACUGUUAAUAAUAAUAUUAUUAAUGAUGUAGUUGAAAGACACACUACACAAGUCAAGAAAGUUGUGAACGAUGACUCUGUUACUAAGAAAGAUGUUAAAACUCUUCAAAAAUUUCAUACUGAUGUAUCUACUGAUACAAAGACCGACGGUAGCGUUACCAGAACUAUAAAAACUACUACAGUAACUACCAACGGUGUACAACAGGCUAACGAACAUUCGGAACGUCAUUUGAAACAAACAGCAGUAAAUGAAAUCAAAAAAUCUUCAUCUCAAACCCACGUAAGACAAUCAAACAUUCAAAAAUCUUCCUCGCAGGUUAUAGUUAAUCAGACUGGCCACAUAGAAUUUUCAAAUAAUGACGUUUCAAGUAGAACUUCACAUCAUAAAAAGAACACUCUUACAUCAGAGGAAAUAAAUAAUCAAAUAUUACAUCGUAAAGGUAUCCAUACAUCGACAGAAGCUCUGCACGCUACCAGUUCAUCUGCCUUGGACAUGCGCAAAUCGGUUUGUAACCUUCAUGAUCAAGGUAGAACAGUAGUGAACACGGAAAGGCACAGUUUAAGCUCAAUGCACCGUUCGAAUCAAGAAUCAAACGUAUCGAACAGACGCAGUUUACAACAUCAACAUGUUUAUCAAAUGGUCGAACGACCAGAGAAAAUUAUUAGAAAAGAUAAUUUAUCUGUUGGAGGCCAUUUCUAUGGACAAUCUGAAGCGAGAUCUUAUGGCGACUUUACGAAACAACAGAAUAUUCAUAAAAUAGAACGAGUAACAAGACGAUCGAACGUUUCUAAUAUCACUUUGGGCGAUACAAAUACCCAGAUAGUUACUUCUUACAAAAAAGAAUAUUCUCCUAGAAACAUUGGACCUUGUCCUGCUGUAUUGGUAGAUGCACCUAAAGGGCCUUUUAAACAUACCAGGGAUACAAAAUCCCACAAAUUCUAUUUGCCCGUGGUAACCAAAUAAGAUUCCAUGACUACAUUCCCAAGUUUGAAUGUGAUUAUAUACAUUUUUUUUUGUAUUCAUAAACUUUUUUGUAGCUUAUGGUAUAGGAACUAUACACAUAUUAUAUUCAUCGCUUCGGAAAAAAUUGUAAUUAAUAUUUUUAUAUGAUUAACUUUUUCAGCUUUACAAUAAACAACUUACAAUAUUUUGUGUAAUAAAUUUUUUUUUGUUUUGAUCUAAUGUAUUUUUUAGUUUCAUACCUUACUUCUCAGACUCCAGUACUUCUUUACUAAUGUAAAGCUGUAACCUUGGAGUUAAUUAUUCAUUUAUUAGAAACACCAUCAAAUAGGGGAACUUAUAUGAUGUGUGAGGUGUGUAACAUCAAUUAUCAAUAACUGUAAACCCGAAUAUGCAAUAAAAUUAUAUCCACAA